AUGAAGAGUUCAGGGUUCACGGUCGUCAUCUCGCCGUUGAUCUCGCUUAUCCAGGACCAGGUGAUGCUGUUUAACGACAUUGCGGGAGAAGAACCGGCGUGCCAAUUGUCGGGCGAGCAGUCACGAGCCGAGGCGUCGGCAAUUUAUAAGACGCUGCUGGCAUCCGAUAGUACGCUGAAGAUCCUGCUGAUUACCCCGGAGAAACUUAUCAAGAGCAAGCUCUUGAUUUCGAGGUUUGAGAAGGCCUACCAGAGUGGGAGGCUGAAGCGGUUUGUCAUCGACGAAGCCACUGCUGCAGUCAGUGGGGCCACGAUUUCCGGAGCGAAAAACCUGCACUACGAGGUCGUGGAGAAGCCAGCUAAAGACGCUACAGCGAUUGAUACGUUGGUUCGCCUUGUGAAAUCUUUCUACCCAUCGGACACGGGGAUCGUGUAUUGUCUUACGAGAAAAGAAACCGAGUAUUGUACUCGUGUUGGUGUCAGAUACGGAGUAAUAUGUGAAGGAGCAUGCGGCAACUGCAAGCGGGAUAUUGACGCGGAAGAUACGAUUGAUCUGUCAGAGCACUCAAAAGCUCUGAUUUCAAUCAUAGAGGAUGCCAAACAAUUGUACGUGAAGCAUUUAUGGAUCGAGUCCGUUCGUCGAAAUUCACCCCGUAAUUUGUUUAGGGAGAGGCGUCUCACACUCAAGCAGCUAAUCGAUGAAUUCAAAUCACGGAAGUUCGCCCAACAGUGGACCGAGCUUGACCCAACGAUAGCUGCUCUGUCUCGAAGUGCGUGUGAUAGUCUCGUGAUCAACCUUUUGCUGAGCAAUGUUCUUCAGCCCGAAAUCAGCUACACUGCUUACAACACGAUCUGCUAUUUGGUUCCUGGACCCCGAGCCCAACAUCUGAAGAGGGACCGCUUUAAAAUCCAGCUUCCACGAUGUCUCAUUGACGCGACCGAGAGCUCGGAGGACGCAAUUCCUGUGAUGCCAAAGAAGAAGCGAAAGCGGUCGCCUGAGGUCAUUGAAAUCGACUAA